GAAGCCCUCAGUUUUUUGAGAAUGCUUGGGAGGGUUCCAUCUCAUUAAGAAUUUUGAUAUAUGCCAAUCUCAAUCAGUUGCAUAUACAUACACAUACAUGUGCCAGUGAUGUAAAUAGUUUUUUCUGACGGAGUUCGUUUGUUUUCUUAAUUCAUCCGUCGUGAACAUCGCUCUGCCGUGGAUAAAAUGCGGUGCUUCAAGAAAUCUGGCUCAAUCUCCAGCCUCAACAUGAACUUGGGGCUUCUCCUUCUGAAUCUUUCCUACUUGAAGCAAGGAGUAUCCAAUAUCGAAGCCGUGGAAUAUGUCAGUCAAGGAUCCUGCACCCAGAACCAGCAACGGAACAUCCUCAGCAACGUGCCCAUUUGUCAGACUCGAGAAGUCCUCGUGGACCUUCGGCAACAUAUGUCCAAUGCUAGUAAUAUCAUCCAGGUGAUCCCGGAUUUUGCACCAGUUCAGCGAUGUGGGGGCAGCUGUCAAUUGUACUCCCAUCGAUGUAUUCCCACUUCCACCCGCAAGAAGCGUCUGGAAGUGAUGACCGUCUUGUCGCAAUUCCCUCAACCGGAGACCCAGAUUCAAUGCGGUUACGUGGAGAUAGAGGAACACGUGGGUUGUGCUUGUGGAUGUCCAGUUCAAGCGAGUGAUUGUCGAUCCGAUCAGUAUUAUUCGUCCACGGGAUGUCAGUGCAUCUGCAAAGACCAAGAGGAACGGAAUCGUUGUAUCCUACGGGGUAUGCGAUGGGAUAUCAUGAAUUGCAUGUGCAUUUGUCCCAUAUCCAGCUGGAAAGUGUGUUCUACUGGGUACAUUUUUGACUUCUCGCGGACCUGUCAGUGUGUUACCAUUAGUACCACGGCUUCCACGGGCCUGUUGACGGCUAUUAUUGUGCUGGUCACGUGCAUGGUGGUGUCGGUCAUUGGCGGUUAUGUGAUGUACAAAAAUCAGAUUGGUCUUUUCCGCUCACGAAGCAGAAGGAAUAUUUCGAAUCAUAGUUUGGAUGAGGAAGAGGACAAACAUCUCAGUCGGGAACCAAUUUGGGACAAACUAACCCAUGAACAAAUUGUUUGUCGGACCAUGAGUGAAGUAGACUGAAAAGUGACAAAUUUUUCGUCGCGUUACCAAAAAACCAGAUGGACUUGGUGUUCAGCAAAGGUUUUCAAAAAACCGUCUCUGAAAGUAUAAAGACAUUGUGGUUUUUGUCACAAUGUUUCACCUCUUCUUCGGGGGUAUAAAUGGCCGAUUCCUUUGCGUCACUUUUCGGACGUUUUCGGAUGCAGUUCUGAAUCAAUUACAAACCAAUCUCUUUGUCGUAUUGAAAUAAAUGUUUUUUUUUAUUUAA